GAACUCACUUGUGUGUGGUAAUGGUCCAACAGAAGCCAUUGCUUAUAGAAUCACCAGUUUAAUUUAGGCUAUGACUACUGAAUAAAGAUCUCACACACACGUAAGGAGAAUACGAAGGUUGACAUUGGCCGGUAACGUGGGGAUAGCACUUAUAGUAUGUGUCACUAAAUAUUUACCACUCCUACUACUCACUCGGUCUUAUAGGCACCUAUUCUAAAGUCCUCAAACUUAAAUGAAAUUCAAUCCAAUUAAUUCUAUCAAAAAGAUCAUUUAGCGAUAUCGUUUGUUUACACUUACAGAGCAUGGAAGUGAUUCCCGAAAGAGCAAAUGUGACAUUCGUGAACCCUCAGUACACGACGAACUUGACGAUAAACAUUCGGCGCUACAGCAGGAGGUCUCGCUACUACAUCAACUUGAUGGGCACCACCAGGCAGAUGUGGAAUAACAACAUUACGGUGGAUAUAGAAAUCAACCAGUACUUGCACAACGAGUACCGGCCCUCGUUCAUAACGCACCAUUAUAAGUUCUGUGACCUUGUAAAUAAGGACGCUUUCAUCGGUGGGGCUAUCAGGAACGCUGGUGUGGUGUGCCCCUUGCCUGCUGGCUACCACGGUAUAAUGAACAUAACAGCGCCGACGGAACACUUUCCCAACGUGUUCCCCUUCGAGAAGGGACGCCUCGACUUCGUUGUGUCGCUCACAAACACAGGCGAAGUCAUUUGUAAGCUCUACGUCGAAGUUAGAUUCAAACAGAAAUGAAAACUUGAUA